AAAUUUGACAUAUUUUUCUUUCUGCCGAGUGGAAGGCAAAACUUCUGCAAAACACAGCAAGUAGUUUUUAUUUCGGCAAAUUCACUGCUAAAUGUGCGGUUUUAGGUAUAUUUAAUAGACUGUAAUUAAUGACUAGGGAUAUGGCAGGUUUGGAAGACUACGGGAGGUACCUGGAAGAUGAUGAAGACCAGUUAGAUAAUAUCCCUCGGUUUCAUCCGACCUUCAAAGCUUCCCAUGAGGCGACACAUUAUCAGUUCAUAAACUCUGAGCGAGAUCUGACGCUUCCGUUGCAAAAGCACAAAAAUGUGCAGCCCAUCUAUGAAAGUCCGGACGACGAAAUUUCGCUCAAGAAAUAUCUGGGCGCCAGUGUCAACCUGAUAAGUCUGAUAACGGAGAACCUCCUAUGCCAUCCCUUCAUGGUUCUGCGACGGCAGUGUCAGGUGCACCACAAUUCGAAGAAGUACCACAUCGUUCCACUAACGUUGGUUCCGGUGAUCGUUCAUCUCCAUCAGCGACAAGGAGUGACCACACUGUGGAAAGGUAUAGGAAGUGUCCUCCUUGUGCGUGGUCUGACUCUGGCGGUGGAGGAUGUUAUUUCAAAAUUUACACCAUGGCCAAAGGAAGUAAAUUCAAAGACCACACUGAAGCAGUUUGGACAACAUCUGUUACUCAAAUGCAUCAGCUUAGCCACAAUUGUUCCGUUCUAUUCGGCGUCUUUAGUAGAGACGGUUCAGAGUGACAUCGCCAGCGAGAAGCCCGGAAUCUUUGACGUGUUCCGUGAAGGUGCAAGCCGAUUGGUUUCUUGGAGCGUUCCUCAGAAGGGUCGAAUGCUACCAAUAUGGGCGCUAGUCGGCCCGAGUAUAUCGCUCGGAAUAUCCAAAUACAUUUGCCAGCUCUUCAUUAGAGGAAUUUCCACACGAAUCAUGUGCCGUCGGGUUACGUUCUUCGAAGAGAAACGAGGCGCUCGUACUCGCGAUUUCACCGCUCAAAGUCAGGUCAUUGAAGUGUACUCAACGAUGAUUUCGCUCAUGACCACGGAGAUUAUUUUCUACCCAUUUGAAACAAUCCUGCAUCGAAUUCAGCUACAAGGCACCCGUACCAUCAUCGAUAAUCUGGAUUCCGGAUAUUCGGUAGUUCCGAUAUUGACCAGUUACGAGGGCGUCGUUGACUGCUACCGUCAAACUAUUGCCACCGAAGGCGUGUCCGGUCUGUACAAAGGCUUCGGAGCAAUGCUGCUACAGUUUGCCGCUCACGUUGCUGUGAUAAAGCUGGGCAAGUGGAUCAUAACGCAAAUAUCGGAGAUCAUGUCCAACAAGCCGCCCCCGAAGGUGGCCGAAUUCUACAAUCUGGAUGCGAAAAACUCCGGUGGCUCGGCCAGCAUGUCGAGAAGCAUCAGUGGAAUAAGCUCCCUCAGCGAGGAACUAUCUUAAGUCCAAAUUCAUGGCGACACACGUGAUUAAAAGUUGUUUCAUUACCAAAAGA